UCUCUCCUUUUUUUUUUUUUUUUCUCUCUCUCACUCUCUCUCUAAGCGAGAGGAGGGAGUCUCAUUCGUAUUUCAUUCAUUCAUCCAUACUUUUUUACGUCCCAUCAUCAAGCUCUCUCUCUCUCUCUCUCUCUCGCUCUCUCUCUCUUUCUCAUGAAAGAAGCAACACGAAAAGAAACUCUUUCCCGUGAAAAGAUCCAAGGAGCAGCCCCUUCAAAAUCUUGAUAUCAUCCAGGAUCAAACACCCAAAAGGAUCAGUGAGAGAGUGAUGGUCUUUGUGUUAGAGAGAGAGGGAAACCCCAUCUACUGCAGAAAUUGAGGUUUCUAGCAAUAUUACAGAAGAGACAAAAGGCAUUCCCAGGUGUUGAAAAUAGGUAAAUUUGGUAACCGAUCAAGCUCAGACCCAGUUAUUGAUCAUGGAUUCAGCUUCAGGUGCCGGUGCAUCCGACCCGAAUAGCGGAGGAGAGGGUCCGUCGGCAACAGGCUCAGCCGCAGCUGAGGGCUCCUCGCCUGCGCCGCCGAGCCGCUACGAGUCGCAGAAGCGGCGAGACUGGAAUACCUUCUUACAGUACCUGAAGAACCACAAGCCGCCGUUAACUCUAGCCCGGUGCAGUGGCGCGCACGUGAUCGAGUUCUUGAAGUACUUGGACCAAUUCGGGAAGACCAAGGUCCAUAACACGGGGUGUCCUUAUUUCGGGCACCCAAACCCUCCAGCCCCAUGUGCUUGUCCUUUAAAGCAAGCUUGGGGGAGCCUGGACGCACUGAUCGGACGUCUGAGAGCGGCCUACGAGGAGAACGGUGGACGCCCGGAGUCGAACCCGUUCGGAGCCAAGGCGGUCAGGAUUUACUUGAGGGAGGUUAGGGAAGGGCAGGCCAAAGCCAGAGGGAUUCCUUAUGAGAAGAAGAAGCGAAAAAGGCCCACUGCCUCGGCGGAUACGGUGGUGGCUUCGCCGGCAGAGAAUGUGUCUGUGGCGUCGCUGAGUCAAGUAGGUGAUGCUUCUGGUGUUGGUGAGGGAAAUGGUAGUGCUGCUCAAACAGCUACUACCUCCACUACUACUACUACUACUUCCACCGUAUAGUUCUACCAAUUUUAUUUCCCUUUUUCUCUAGAAACUUCUUUUAAAAUUUUCAUAUCUGUUUUUAACGUUUAAUUGUGAUUAUUAUGAGGUUAUAUAUAUCUCUGCCGAUUCUCUUAUAAAUUGAGAAAUCUAUUUUCUCUUUUCA